AUGGAGGACGGAAACAAGUCUUCCUGCUCAUUUUUCAGGUUUGUCUCCUUAAUAGAGGACGGAGACGAUUCUUUCUUGUCAUUUUGCAGAUCUGCCCCCUUAAUAGAAGACGGAGACAAUUCUUUCUUUUCAUCUCUCAGAUCUGUCCCCUUAAUGGAAGGAGACAAUUCUUUCUUUUUAUCUUUUUGCUUUCUCCCCUUAAUGGAAGACGGAGAGGAUUCUUUCAUCUCAUCUUUCACGUUUGUCUCCUUAAUGGACGAGGGAGACAAUUCUUUUUUCUUAUCUUUUAGUUUUGUCUCCUUAAUGGAAGACGGAGACGAUUCUUUCUUUUUAUCUUUUAGGUUUGUCUCCUUACUGGAGGACGGAGACGAGUCUUUCUUCUUAUCUUUCAGUUUUGUCCCCUUAAUGGAAGACGGAGACGAUUCUUUGAUCUCAUCUUUCACGUUUGUCUCCUUAAUGGACGACGGAGACGAUUCUUUCUUCUUAUCUUUUAGUUUUGUCGCCUUAAUGGAAGACGGAGACGAUUCUUUCAUGACAUUUUUCAGAUCUGUCCCCUUAAUAGAGGACGGAGACAAAUCUUUCUUCCUAUCUUUCAGGUUUGUCUCCUUAAUAGAAGACGGAGACGAUUCUUUCUUCUCAUCUUUCAGAUUUGUCCCCUUUAUGGAGGAGGGAGACGAUUCUUUCUUCUCAUCUUUCAGAUUUGUCCCCUUUAUUGAGGAGGGAGACGAUUCUUUCUUCUCAUCUUUCAGAUUUGUCUCCUUAAUGGAGGAUGGAGACAAUUCUUUCUUCUCAUCUUUCAGAUUUGUCUCCUUAAUGGAGGAGGGAGACAAUUCUUUCUUCUUAUCUUUCUGCUUUCUUCCCUUAAUGGACGACGGAGAGGAUUCUUUCUUUUUAUCUUUCAGGUUUGUCUCCUUUGUGGAGGGCGGAGACGAGUCUUUCUUCUUAUCUUUCAGGUUUGUCUCCUUUGUGGAAGAUGGAGACGAUUCUUUCUUCUCAUCUCUCAGAUUUGUCGCCUUAAUGGAGGAGGGAGACGAUUCUUUCUUCUUAGCUUUCAGGUUUGUCUCCUUAAUGGAGGAGGGAGACGAUUCUUUCGUCUUGUCUUUCAGAUUUAUUUUCUCAAUGGACGAUGGUUCUUUCGCCCCACCUGUCUCCUCUUUCUCAUGA